UCUUUUUCACUCAUUCUUCUCACUCUACAUAUCAACAUAUUAUAUGUUUCUUUCCCAAUUUUGGGAAAAACAAAAUCUAUUUCACAAAAUUUCCAGCCAAAAAAACACAAGAAGAUAACUCUAUGGAAGAAGUUCAACAAAAGCUCUUAGAUAUCCCAAAUGAAGAAAUAUGUGAGGAUGAAAAUUCCAACAUUGAAUCAAGUGGAUCAACUCAUUCUUGUUCCUACUUUGCUAAGCAUAAAUGGUGGUACCAAGUUGCCAUUUUUACCCUUUUUACUCUAAUUGGAGAAGUAGUAACAACACUAUUGGUUAAAACAUAUUUUACCAAAGGUGGUAAAAGUAUAUGGUUAGUCUCAUUAGUGCAAAAUGCAGGGUUCCCAAUUCUUCUUCCUUUCCUAUACUAUGUCUCACUCAAAAAUAAUAGCCAAAUUGAGGUAAUUGAAGGAAAUCAAGAACCCCAUAUUUGCAUAAUCUUUUUAGUUUAUGUUGUUCUAGGUGUGUUACUUGGUGGGGUUAGUGUUUUCAACUCGGUCGGUCUAAAGUACCUUCAAGUCUCAACGUACUCUCUCACUAGUACCACUCGACUAGGGUUCACUAUUAUCUUCUCUUUAUUCCACAGUGCACAUAAGUUCACCCCAGCUAUAGUAAACUCUAUAGUUCUUGUAAUAGCUGCCUCAGUCAUUCUGGUGGUUCAUAAUAAUGAGUCCGGGGAAAUGUCUAGUGGAAAGUUUUUGCUAGGGUUUUUUUCUACGAUUGGUGGGUCUGUGACAUAUUCCUUAGUGCUUUCUCUAACUGAAUUUUCGUAUCGAAAAAUAAUAAAGGGUAGGAAGUUCAUAGAUAUUAUAGAGAUGUCAAUUUACCAAACCCUAGUUGCAAGCAUAGUGAUCCUACUAGGUUUUUUUAUAAGUGGAGAUUGGAAGAAUUUAAUCAUGGAGAUGGAAAAAUACCAAUUAGGGAAAUUAUCUUAUGUAGUCAUCUUGUUUUUUAUAGCCAUUUCAUGUCAAUUAAAAGUUGUGGCUUCAAUUGGGCUAGUUUUUAAAGUCAACCCCCUAAUGUCCAAUGUUUUUAACAAUUUAGGGGCUCCAAUUACUCCAAUUUUUUCUGUGAUUUUUCUUCAUGAUAAGAUUAAAGGUUUAAAGUUGGUGAUUAUGUUUUUAGCCUUUUGGGGAUUUGGUUCACAAAUUUAUCAACAAUAUCUCAAUCAUAUGGAGGCCAAGGAAGAGUUAAUAGAACAAAACUCUAAAGAAGUUUCCUCUAGUUGAACCCCGGAGAAACUCGCAGCUGCUACUCUUUUGGUGUGCCCUGAGUAAAUCCGCUCUUC